CUGAGCGAAGCCUCCCAUACAGAUGAGCGCUGGAAGCCACGCACCUCUUGACGUAGCCACAGACCGGUUGCGGUGCCACUCGGUCUCCGUAGCACGUAUUUGCGCAACGUGACCGAUGCUCAACUGGCUCCACGGCAGGCACAUCCGGCUCCCACCGUCUCGUGAAUUCACUCGAAAAAAGUGCUAUCAUAACGCCGAGGAAAAAAGCUAGAGCCUCCGAGGUGCUGUGGAGGGGGAAAAAAACCUCCACCGCUUCUCUCCUCAGACUGGACCUUCCCCUUGUCACCGCCGCCGGUAGACAUAAGUCGGGGUGCAGUCGUGAUGUGACUGCGUGAACGCACUCCACUUUGGUAUCUGCAACAGCAGCUUUGACGACCGCCCAGAAGGUGAAAACAGUGCCAGCGUCAGUGUUUUGGUGAAGCAGAGGUGAUGGCUUCGUUUGACAGCAUGCAGUCCACGCAGCAGCAGCUUCCGUGACCACAGCUGGAUUUGUAGGGAGCUAUGUCCGCGGGCACCGAGGCUCCGUCCGCCUGUGAUAGUCGACAGCAUCAGUGUGCACCCUCGGUUUGGCGCUUCGAGAGUCUUCGCUAAAGUCCACGCGCACACUACCUGGAGUCAAGGAGAGGUUGCUGUUUGUUGAAAGGCCGGGCUCUCUGCAGCCCACAACCCCACAUCCUCCGCGGCGUUUCUCCGCGUUCUUCAUAGCGGUGGACAUCAAAGCAACCGCUACCUGAGCCUGAUCUCCAACCGCGGCCAUACAUACCUUUACAGCUAAUACUGAGACUUAAUUAAUCGACGCGUGGAUCGCAGCGGUGCUGUAUAUGUGCCUCAGUCACACCGCCCCGGAAAGGACUUCUUGCCAUUGAGAGCUGGAUAUGCAGAGAUUAACGUGAGAGGAUGGAUCUAAUUAUCUGUGUUUUGGGGCUGCUGGCGCUGGCCGUGGAGGGCAUCCGUUGCCAAGGAGUGUAUGCACCUCCGAGCGUCCGCAUUAUACACUCGGGGCAUGCCUGUAAUGUGGAGGAGGAGCGGCACACGGAGAGAGUGUACACCAUCCGAGAGGGAGAGACCCUGGAGCUCACCUGCCUGGUGACGGGCCAUCCUCGACCACAGAUCCGAUGGACAAAGACAGCGGGCAGUGUGUCGGACCGUUUCCAUGACUCCAGUGUGUUCAACCAGACGCUCAACAUUGCAAAGAUCCUGAGGACCCAGGGGGGGCGCUACUACUGCAAGGCUGAGAACGGCCUUGGAUCCCCCGCCAUCAAGUCCAUCAGGGUGGACGUCUACUACCUUGAUGAACCGACGGUGACGGUGCACCAGAGUAUAGGAGAAGCUAAGGAACAGUUCUACUAUGAGAGGACAGUGUUUCUGCGCUGCGUGGCCAACUCCAACCCGCCCGUCCGCUACAGCUGGCACCGUGGGAGAGAGGUCCUGACGCAGGGCUCGGACAAGGGAGUGGAGAUCUACGAGCCCUUUUUCACUCAGUGUUUUGCACACAUUUGCAUACCAGUUGUGGUUUGGUCUGAGCUGCAGGGGGAAACGAAGAUUUUGAAGCUGAAGAACCUGCGCCCUCAGGACUACGCCAACUACAGCUGCGUGGCCUCUGUCAGAAAUGUGUGUGCGAUCCUUGACCGCAGUGUUAUCUUCAAACUCACCAAUAAGACAGCCUCCCCCUCCAUCAAGCUGCUGGUGGAGGACCCCAUCGUGGUGAACCCGGGCCAGACGGUCUCCUUGGUGUGCAUCACCACAGGUGGAGAGCCGCCCCCCAUUCUCACCUGGAUCUGCAGUAAUGACAGCCUACCACAAAGGAGCGUGGUGAAGGGGGGCACGCUCACACUCCCAGCCAUCACCUCAGACGAGGCGGGCGUCUACAGCUGCGUGGCCAGUAACAGUGUGGGAAACCCGGCCAAGAAGUCCACCACUAUCGUGGUCCGAGCUUUGAAAAAGGGGCGUUUCUGGAUCACUCCCGACCCCUACCACAAUGACGACAAUAUCCAGAUCGGACGAGAAGUCAAGAUAUCCUGUCAGGUGGAGGCGACCCCACCAGAGGAGCUGACCUUUAGCUGGCUGAAGAAUGGCCGUGCCCUGCGGAGCUCGGAGCGUAUGGUCAUCACCCAGACGGACCCCGACAUCUCCCCCGGGACCACCAACCUGGACAUCAUAGACCUCAAGUUCACCGACUUUGGCACCUACACCUGCGUGGCGGCGCUGAAGGGCGGAGGCAUCCCUGAGAUCAGCAUUGACGUCAACAUCUCCUCCACAACUGUUCCCCCCAACCUGACAGUCCCUCGGGGCAAGUCCCCCCUGGUGACCCGCGAGGGUGACACAGUGGAGCUGGAGUGCCUUGUUUCAGGAAAGCCCAAACCCAUCAUCUUGUGGUCGAGAGCCGACAAGGAGGUGCCAAUGCCGGACGGCAGCAUGCAGAUGGAGAGCUAUGACGGCGUGCUGCGGAUUGUCAAUGUUUCCAGGGAGAUGACGGGCUCGUACCGCUGUCAGACCAGCCAGUAUAACGGGUUCAACGUGAAGCCCCGGGAGGCCGAGGUGGAGCUGAUUGUACAAUACCCUCCCACGGUGGAGCCAGUUUACAUGGAGAUGCGUCAGGGCCUGGGCCGGCCGGUGGUGAUGACCUGCAGGGUGCUGCGAGCCCACCCCUCCCGCGUGCUGCGAUUCGAGUGGCUCCUGUCGAACCGGCUGCUCCACGCUGGAGCCUUCGACGCCCAGAGAGACGAAACGGAGUACACCAUCCGCAGCCUGAAUCGAGACGGGUGGGGGGAGUACACGUGUAACGUCAUAAACGAGGCGGGAGCAGGAAAAUGCACCUUCCAGGUUACAGGCAAAGCCUACCCUCCUGAGUUCUACUACGACACCUACAGCCCGCUGUGGCAGAACCGGCCCAGAGUCUACGGCUUCAAACUGCAGUGGACCCAGAUGAACCCCAACGUGGUGGACCGCAUUGUGGCCUACAGGCUGGGCAUCAGACAGAUGGGCCUGCAGCGCUGGUGGGAGCAGGAGAUUCCUGUGGACGGAGCGAUCAACAAAGGAGAGCUGAUGACACACAACCUGACAGAGCUCAUAAAGCCUGAAUCCUACGAGGUGCGGCUGACCCCCAUCACACGAUUCGGAGAGGGCGACUCCACCAUCCGGAUCGUCACGUACAGCGCUCCCAUCAACCCUCACCUGAGAGAGUUCCACUGCAGCUUUGAGGAGGAGGCCAUCUGCAUGUUCACCCAGGACAAGAAUGACGAUUUUGAUUGGACGAGGCACAGCGCUGCUACCAGAGACACCAAGUACACCCCCAACACCGGGCCCAGCGGGGACCGCAGCGGUUCCAAACAGGGUUUCUACAUGUACAUUGAGACAUCAAGACCACGGAAGGAAGAUGAGAAAGCGCGACUAGUCAGUCCGUUUUUCAACAUAGCACCUAAAAACCCUUACGUUAUCACCAACCCGCCUGCCUACUGCUUCGGCUUCUUCUACCACAUGUAUGGGAAACACAUAGGAACACUAAACGCCCUCCUGAAACAGAAGGGCCAAACGACCUCCGAGGCUCCUGCGUGGUCGCUAAACGGUAACCAAGGUGAACGCUGGAAGCAGGCGAAAGUAAGCAUCCAUCCGACAUCAUCCUUCCAGGUGGUGCUCGAAGGUAUCCGGGGAAAAGGCAUCGAGGGAGACAUAGCCAUCGAUGAUGUCACGCUGGAGGAAGGGGAGUGUCGAGACCCUCCACCCAAUCUCAGCUCCAAGUCUCCAUCCACAUCCUCCCAUAUAUGGCUGCUAUGCAUCACCUUGGUGAUGACCCUCCUGGAAGGUCAGAGGUGACCCUUCUCUCCGUCAUCUCAGAGGCGAACAUUCAGACCCUCCGUCUGUGAACUAUACCCUCGGCAUCCAAUCACCAAAGAUUCAUGCAUCCUGAAAGCAGCAGGGGUCCCCUGGCAGACCACGGAGGGGCCGAUAUUAAUGAAAGAGGGAAAAAAAUCAUGAUAUAAACGUGACACAAAAAGUAAUAAAGAAGACGCGCUAAUUUUUUUAAAGAAACCUCUUUUACAGAAACACUCCUCGCUGCAGGACUCUGGACAUCUUUACGAGCACACAGACAAGUGGGCCAUGAAUAAGCCUGAACUUUGGCGAAAGAGUUCACAAGCAUCGAAGGAGGACAGUUUGUAAAGCACAAGAACCAUUUUAUGAAGUUAUGAAAAUAUCUUUGGAAGGCAGCGGAUAUAUAGACUAGUGACUUUUUUGAAAAGGAAUGAACAUUUCCCUGCUUACAAACACAUGGAAUCAGACCUUUCUCUGUGCAUCUUUAUCUUCAUUUUCUCGCACCAGAUGCCAUUCACCGACACUUGUUUUUCACUCUGGCCCAGCCUCACGUCACACCUUGGCAUUUCUUUAUCUGCUCGGUGCUGUACUGUAGAAAAACAAGGUCUGGCAACAUUUAGUUCUGUCUGCUUACUCCCCUGUAGCUGCCUAUGUAUCUAUUAACACUGUGCUCACAAGUCCAAGUGGCCAACCGGCUGUGUGGUGUCAAUGAAAGCAGGAGAAUCAGCGGAGGUGUAGACAAGGUGGACGGGAGGGCAGAGAGAAGCUCAGGAUCUGAAAUGAGAGAGGAAGCAGAGUGGAGGAGAGGGAGAGGAGGGAGGAACAGGCAGAGAGUGGAGAAAGGUCCGAUCAGUGAGGCCUGACUCGAAUAUUCAGUCCGCCUGUGGAACAGAAGCCACUUUACUUUCUGCCAUGAAACAAAGUGCCUUCAGAUUACAAACCGAAUCGUGAGCCUGUGUGUUAAUCAACAUCGAACACAUCUCUGUUCAUGUUUCCUCUGAUGGGCUAUUUUCUACAUGUUUCUUUUGCCCCACAAGUGCUGACGGAAGGGCAUGCGUGUUCAGAGGGAGUGUUGGGUUGUUUAAAUCCUGAUGGGACAGUUGCCUGUGUGUGUGUGUGUGUGUGUGCGUGUGCGAGUGUGUGUGUGUGUGCGAGUGUGUGUGUGUGUUUGUGUGCGUGCAUGCUCCUAAGCCUAUGCCUCGGCGUAGUUCAACGUGAAGGCAGCAUCCCAGGCAGAGCUGGCAGACCAGGUUUGGAUACAAUUUGGAUUUUAAAAAACAGCGGCAACAGUGAAAGUGAGGCUCUGGAUCUUUUCCUGCAGAACGACAAGAUUAUACAGGAGGAUAAAGACAUGUGGUCGAAUGAAUACCCCCACUCUCUCUUCCCAUAAUUCUCCUUCCCUGCGGUGAGAAUUUUUUAACAAAAGAACGACCGCUGAAUAAAACAUUGCGUUGUACAGGGAGGAGAGUAGGAACUCUGGGACUGGAGGCUCUUCUUUAGGGUCAUACGCCUCGCCCCUACCCUCCACCAUUUAUAUGGAACAAUACAAGAAUAAAAGAUAAUAAUGACCAUAAUAAUAGUCAUGAUAUUUUAUUACUCUAGCGAGAAUGUUUCUCUGCUUUUACACAAACUGUGAAGAUUGACUGGAAGAUCUACCUGAGACCAUAACCUUAACCAGCGGGGUUUUUAAAAAAUGUAUUGUAAAAAAGAGAAAAUAAGAAAAUGAAAAAUUCCGUUCAUUGUUGGUUAUGACAAAUGUUUUGAGGACUUGUGUCUUGUUUCUUCUUUUUAUUUUAUUUUCUGUUGAAGAUGACUUAACUUCCUUUCUCUUCUUGUCGUCUCCCUUUGCAUUGCUUAAGUAUCAAAGCUGACGGAAGCAUAAGAAGUAAAACCAAUUUGGUAACUGUAUAACUUGUAAAUGUUAAAAAAGCUCUAUUCAAAGGUUUAUGAUAAAUGUUUUAUGUUGGAGUACAGGAAGCACAACAUACAGUUUAAGGUCUCGACAUAUAAAAUCCAUUUUAUAUUUCUCAAAACAUACGUGACCAAUUUCCACAGGCUUACCAACACAAGUCCGCGUUUAACAGCAAACUGAUCAUUUUGUACUCAUUACAUUCAUAUUUAUAGUGCAACCAAAACACUAAAGGACAGAAAGAAGCCCGGUAUGAUGGAGUGAUCACCAAUGCAGGCUGGGUAACGCUUCAGUUUGGUGUUGUGGUUGUUCAGCAGAUGUAGCCUCUUCUAUGGAAGCCUGAGUGGGUCAUGUACAUGUGUGAGCAUAAAGCUGUGUACAAUAGGUGUGAUAAGAAAAUGAUACGUGUAAAGAAGAUUAAUAUGCCAAGCAAAACAGAGCAGGAUGAUAAGCAUUUCAGGGCAUCCUUAUAAUACCAUCAUGGUCUGUAUGGUGUUAUUACAGAGACAUAAUCACAGCCAUUAUCUGCUGUUAAUUUGUAUCUUUCGUUUUUGUGUUUUUAUUUCUAUAAGGCCAAGAUCAUAAUGAAUGUAAAUGGACUUUUGGUGGGAGUUAUUUUCUUACAGUCUUACUAUGUUUUACCUUCUUUUGUGAGUGUGCUUUUGAUGAUGAGAACAUUCAGAGGUUGUUUUCAACACAUAAAGAACAAGUCCGUCUGACUUUGACACCAUUUUCUAAAUUACAAACUCAAGUGAAAUAUCCAUUUGGGUAGUUGCUAUAUCCUCGUGUCGUAUAGUAAAUAUUGAAAAGUGCCCCGUGCAGUCGUCACUGUCACUAAGCCUGGCAUAUGAGUUCCUUAAGAUAUUUUGAAACUGUUCCUUUUACGGCGGCCCUGAGCACCUUUUCAAUGCAAAUGUUAUAUUAAAUACACCUCCGAGAACAUAAAUGAUUAAAAAAUAACUGCUGGAUUUAAAUGAAAGAACACCUUAGGUAUUACUUUAGUUUGAAAGUAAAAGUUUGACAUGUGGGAAAGGAGCUUCAACAUAACUUUGCAGAAAGACUGUUAGCUUAGCUUAGCAUCAAUACUAUAAACGGGGAAACUGCAAGUCUUGACCUGUCCUCCUACCAGCAUCUCUAAAGCCUGCUAUAAACACAUAAAGCCCUAUAAGUGAUGCUUGUUUAAUCUUUUAAACAGAACUUAAAGUUUAAAAUCAACACGUUUUGGUGUAAUUGGCUUGUCAGGAAGCUAGCAAAGACAUUAGGAAGCUUCAGAGGGAUAUUCUGGUAGCUUAGUGUGGUAUCAAUCUUCUCCUCUUUCUCUCAGCAAAAGCAAAUAAGCAAACUUCCAUUCGACAAACAUUUACUUCAAAAUAACUCCCUUGAGUUCAAUUAUUUCUUCUGGAUAGUCACCAUAGUGUGAAAUUGUCUGAGCAAUAUCAACAGUAGCCUUUCAAAACCUAUGACAGACCUGAUAUGUAUUUCAAAUGUGUGGAUUAUAUUGUUACAUUUAGGGUACAUUCAUAUCUGCAAAUCCUCUUGUGUGAAGGAAAUCUUUUCUUAUUUUCCCAGGACAGCGUUUGAAAUUUGACAGCUAAAGGAAUUAUAGUUUGUUUCCAGGGUAUUAUUAAGUGCCCUUUGUGUAAACAAAAGCAGUGAGUCUGCUGAGUACUAGCUUACUCACUCAGCUCUGCUCUUUUUUAUUGAUAAAAGUCCUCUAAAGCUACUUUAAAGUACAAUUGAAUUGGAUUAACACUUUCUGAAUAUGUAAACAGUGUGGUGCUCACUGACUAUUUUGACGAUUAGAAGCUUCUGGAAGGUGUGAAGUGCUCAUACAUUUGCAUGGGGAAUAGGUUUGAGAUAUUAGUAGUUUAUUCUUCAUUGCUGUGUCCCAGAUAUGAACCGUUUGGGUUUUUCCACCAGCAGGUAGAGUAUGCUGUUUCUGAAAGCAGUAACGAUAGUUUGGCACUCAUGCAAGAGUUUGCAGUUGUAGUGAUAACAUUAGGAAUUUGAAUAGGAUUACAAAAAUCAAAUUAUAGUAUUUUUUGGUAGACUGCUUCAGGGAUCUAUUACUUUCAGAACACUUUGACAAUAGCAUGACAUUUAAAUGUCUUUAUUUACCAGAGUUGGACUGUAUAAACUAUAUGUACUGCAAUAACCCCUAACACAACUGCCUAUUGAUCAGUACUACAUUCUCAAAUGAUUAGCUGAUUGGAACCGGCUGUUUUCUUCCUCACAAUCAUUGGCUGAUUACACCAGCUGACUCCAAACAUCCAUCCAUGCAGGCAUACAGCAUUGUCAUGUGGCCUGAUACCUUACACAUUUAUUUGGCUGAUUAGCUUAUGCUAAUGUUAUUUGCUGCCACAGCUCCCUGAAACAAACAACCUCUACCUUAUGUAAUGUAUUUGUGCUUUUGCUGCUUAGUCUUUUAAAGCUCUUUAGAGCCUUUGCCUAUGAAAUUACCAAGUAAACAAACAAGUACUAUUUUUAUAAUGCUGUUGCAUCCUUGAAGAAAAUCUGUUAUUUAUUUUGUGCAUUCGUUGACAAAUACUCAAAGGAAUUGUGCAGUUAUGCCUGAAUGUACCCGGUGCUUACAUUAAUACCAUUAAAAUUGAGUUACUGUACCAUUAAAGGAUGUGGUCUGUCAGGGUUUGUGCAGGCUGCAAAUUGAACAUAAUUGCCGCAACAUGCAGUGUUCUCAAACUAUUUCCCAGGUUCUUUGGUAAAUUUGAUUAAACUUAUCCAUGUGAGUAGAACCAUGACCAGUUGCUAUGCGAGAAAAUGUAAUUUAAUAAAAAGUACUGCCUUAAUUUCUAGAAAGUGCAUAUCUUGUAAUAUUCUAAACUACAAGUAGAACAAAUCCUGCCUGAAGUCCUUUUCAGUUAUGCUGCUAAACUCAGGCAGUUUUUAUUUAACAAAGUUCCUUAAAAAGGUGUUUUUAAAGCUGUCAUUUACAUAUUUUAACCUCCUUAGUUACACUUAUAGUCCCCUUGUAAUGUUUUAUUCUCACCAUUGAAUAAAAUGCAUAUUACCUGUGCUCUGGCGGUCGUUAAAAGGAACAGUCCCAACAUUUCUUUUUGAGUGGAAAUGUUCUCAUUUUCUGUUCAACCUUAAGAAGGGCUUUGUCACAUUGUGCCAUUCAUUGCGCUAUCUUAGCUUCCCUAAUAACCAUUCAGUUCCACUAGCCUGAUAUAAUUGCGACAGCUAGUUCCAAUAAUCACUACACACACCUUGCUUUCGUGGUUUUGAAUCAGCAAAGAGAAUUUGGUGCCAAAUGGGGGGAAAGCAUCGUGUUAGGCACGACCAGCACCGAUAGAAUUGGCAGUCACAGAAAGUGUUCGUAUGAGGUAAAUGUCUGUCGUAUUAAACCUGAAACAUUACCACUGUGUUGAAUGUGUUUUUUUUAAAUGAAGUUUCUUUCACUUUCCCGCAGUGGCUAGGCAGCAGAGAGUGACUUCUCGACAGGAGGCUGACUGCAGUCUCACUAAAUAACUGGAAGAGGUAGACACAUUUUCAGAGAUCUCAUUUUACUCUGUCAGGGAAGAAGCAGUGUGUCACUGUUUGAUGGCAUGGCUGCUCUGUGUGCCAACUUCACCAGAGGGAGAACUGCCACCUCUCGCUUCCUUAUUGUCUCACUACUUCUCGAGGCCAGGCAGGAUCAACAUGACUGUUCACACUGACUCCAUUUUUACUAGUCCAGUUAUUUAACAUCAGUGGAGCAAGAUGAAAAAACUGAUAUGUAUUUGCCUCUUCGAGAACCCCCACCCCCCCUCACUCCAAAAAAAGACCCUUGGAAAUAAUACGUUUGAUGCUGUAAUAUCAAGGUUGAUAAGAAAGCUGUGUUUCAGUGAUGUUGUUUAUCUUGUUCUGUGCCAACACCCUGUUAUAAUGACCUGUCACUCUUCUCUGUUUUGUGCGCUAUAUUUAUAUAUGAUCAGGCUUCUUUUUCACUGUAUUUCUUUGGAUUUAUCACCCAUUUUUUUUGUGCCAUACCUGCAACUAAUGAAAAAAUAAAGAAAAGGAAUAUUU